AUGGAGCAGGAGAAGUACCUGCCCGAGCUGAUGGCAGAGAAGGACAGCCUGGACCCCUCCUUCGUGCACGCCAUGCGCCUCCUGGCCGACGAAAUUGAAAAAUUUCAGGGAUCUGAAGGGAAGAAGGAAGAUGAAGAAAAGAAAUACCUUGAUGUUAUCAGCAACAAAAACAUAAAGCUGUCAGAAAGAGUUCUGAUCCCUGUCAAACAGUAUCCAAAGUUCAAUUUUGUUGGGAAAUUGCUUGGACCAAGAGGAAACUCCUUGAAAAGGUUACAAGAAGAGACAGGUGCAAAAAUGUCUAUCCUGGGGAAAGGCUCCAUGAGGGAUAAAGCGAAGGAGGAAGAACUAAGGAAAAGUGGAGAAGCCAAAUAUGCACACUUGAGUGACGAGCUUCAUGUAUUAAUUGAAGUGUUUGCUCCACCUGGGGAAGCAUAUUCUCGUAUGAGUCAUGCCUUGGAAGAAAUAAAAAAAUUCCUCGUUCCUGAUUAUAAUGAUGAAAUUCGUCAGGAGCAGCUGAGAGAACUCUCAUAUUUGAAUGGUUCGGAGGAUUCAGCACGUGGACGGGGCAUUCGAGGAAGAGGAAUCCGCGUGCCGCCUGCUGCUCCUUCAAGGGGUCGUGGGGGUGCCAUUCCUCCACCCCCACCUGGACGAGGUGCUCAAGCCCCGAGAGGAGCCCCAGUGACACGUGGAGCCCUCCCAGUUCCUCCAGUAGCAAGGGGUGUUCCCACCCCACGGGCACGGGGCGCUCCAGCUGUCCCUGGAUACAGACCACCCCCGCCACCUGCACAUGAGGCAUAUGAAGAAUACGGAUAUGAUGAUGGAUAUGGGGGUGAAUAUGAUGAUCCAAGCUAUGAGGCAUAUGACAACAGUUAUGCCACCCAAACACAGAGCGUGCCUGAGUAUUAUGACUAUGGUCACGGAACAAGUGAAGAGGCUUAUGACAGCUACGCACAAGAAGAAUGGGCCACAACCCGUUCCAGCCUAAAGGCACCACCUCCAAGGUCAGCCAGAGGGGGUUACAGGGAACACCCCUAUGGUAGAUAUUGA